AUGGAAACCAAUCGAAGAGUCAAAUCAGACUCAGAGGAAAAGGUUACAAUAGUAAUGAAGGAACAAUCCAAAAGAUCAGCAAUGGAUAUGAUGAAAGCAGAACAGGCAGUAAGAAAUCACGAGGAAGAGAUAAGCUCACAACAAUCAGUUGAGAAUGAGGAAGAAAGGAAAGAUGGAAAACCAAAGAAGCUACUCUUCAGAAAGAAGGAGGACUUGGGACGACAUAUUGAAACUAAUCAAGGAAUGGAUGGAAAAGGCGAGGGGAUGGAUCUCGAUGGGACAACAAUAGACAGGGGAAUGGAAUCUUGGUCCUCCCAACCAGGCAGUGAAUCAAGUGAUGAAGAAAGAGGAACACUUAUGGACAUGAUCAGAACCCACCAUCCAGCUAUGGUAAUUCUGUCCGAAACAAGGGUAAGGGNGAACUCAAAGAAGAAGGGGGAAAUAGAUCCAACCGAGAGGGAGACAACACUGAAAUCAGAUAGGGCAAAGCAAGUGAGGCCCAGGAUAGGCCAAACCCAUGCGAUGUCUGAAAUGAAAGUCCUUUAUUGGAAUUGUCAUGGUGCCCAGCAUAUGGGGUUUAAAGGAACACUUAUGGACAUGAUCAGAACCCACCAUCCAACUAUGGUGAAUUUGUCCGAAACAAGGGGUAGAAGGUGUGAGAGCAGCUGA